UGUGCCUCGGCCUGGAGCAGAGAUGGCAUGGAUUUGUUUACCAAUUUUUAAAUUUUGACACUUGUUGAUUUCCGCAAUAUCCGGUUUAAUAAGACUGACAAAGUCCAUAGACAUAAUACUUUGUGUCUCCUUUUUUUCCUUAUCAGUAAAAAGUCUUGGAAAACCUGUGUGACGCGUGUGACUGAUCCAACCAUGUUGUGAUAUGAAAGGAGGAGGGAAAAUAUCGCUAAAGUACUCAUUACGUACCCAUUUGUGUCAACAUAAAUAUAUAUGAAAUAUAAAAGUGGUAUUUUGAAUAUUUUUUAUUUGAACAACAAAGGAAAUAUCAGGGUGAAUAGUUGACAGCUGAAAAGAGAGCACAAAUGCAAAAUCAGAAGUGUCUCUCUUGCGAACCUGAAGUAUUGUAGAAUUGAAAAUAAAAAUUGAUCUAGUCAGAGAAUAAAAUUAACAAUGGAGCCGGAUCGAAAUUCCGUAGAAAGUGACUAUACAGAAGUAAUAAGGAGGCUUUCGCGACCUGUGAAAUUUGCAUAUGGCGUUGGACAUGUGCUCAAUGAUAUUUGUGCCUCUAUGUGGUUCAGCUAUAUUUUGGUGUUUUUCCACCUCGUUCUCGGAUUUAGUCCAUUUAUGGCUGGAAUUAUUUUAUUAAUAGGCCAGGUCGCGGACGCUCUUGCAACUCCAUUUGUCGGCUUUCAUUCCGACCAGACGGACGAUUUUUGGCUCUGUCGAUAUGGAAAAAGAAAAACGUGGCACUUGUUAGGUACGAUUUGCGUUAUUUUUGCAUUUCCAUUUAUAUUUUCCCCCUGUAUUGAAUGUCAACACGCACACAAAUGGUCACAGUUAAUAUACUACGCAGCAUUCGUGGUAGUUUUUCAAUUCGGAUGGGCUUCCGUUCAAAUAUCGCAUUUAUCUUUGAUUCCUGAUCUUACACCCACGGAACAUGAAAGAACGCAACUUACAGCAAUUCGGUACAGUUUUACUGUAUUCGCAAACGUCCUCGUUUACUGUAUUUUCUGGGCUGUACUGCACGUAACGAGCGAAGACGCUUCUAAUAAUCAAAUCGGACCGAGUGAUGUUGGCAAAUUUCAAAAUAUUGUUCUUAUUGGAAUGUCUGUUGGUGUUGUUACCUCGGUAAUAUUUCAUGUAGUCGUUAAGGAAGAACAUUCCGGCGCUGUUACAGUGAAUCCGAGGCCUGGAAAUGCAUUUUACAAUUUUCUGCAAGUGGAAAUAAUUUGUCUUGUUAACAAAAUAUUGUUAAUUGGUAACAUUUUUUUUUCAGGAACUGCGGGAUCAUUUAUGCUUGUCACUAGUCUCGGCAUAACUGCAGAUUACAUUGGCGACUGUUCGGAAGGUGGUGCUUUUGUUUAUGGACUGAUGAGUUUUACGGACAAAUUAGGCAAUGGAUUAGCAGUUAUUAUUAUUCAAUAUUUAAAAUGUACAAACGCUGAGGACUGUCCAAACUAUUACAGAGAUAUCCUCACUUUCGUUUGUGGAGGAGCAGCAAUUGUCGCUAUGAUAACACUAAUUUGUAUCAAACCAUUUCAACGGCAUUCUGCAUACAGAAAUUUCGAUCAACAGCAGCCUCUAGAAGAUCCUACAUCUGUUCAAGCUUGAAUUAAAAUUGGAAAAUGAGGGGAAAAUUUUCAGGGAAUAGAUCGCAAGAAAUAAUGCACAAAAAUGUUUUCUUAUUUGAACCGUAAAUUGUGAAUUAGACUCUUUGCCUACAGUAUUUAGUACUGAAUAAUUUUUAUGAAGCGGGCUUCAUGGAUUAUACAAAAUGCGAUAUUAUUAUUGACGUUUUUUAAAAAAAAAAUUGUUGGAAGAAUUUUUCGCCUAUUUAUGUAAUUCGAUGUUAAUCGGAAGAAAUAAUUUGUAAAAAGACUCGUUAAAGUUAGAGGAGGUCUCGAAUAUUUUUUGUAUUAUAGAGAGACAAAGAGAUGUCAUUAUUUUUUAAGGAAUAUAUUAAAAUAUCUCUCUUGUUCCUAA